AAGGGGUGGGACGUGAGAGAAUGCCCUUCCCGGUUGGACAAGAGAGAGUGGCUCACGCAAGUGUCAAAGAGACUCUUCCAAGUUCCGAAAUUGGAUGCAUUCAAUUAAUUUGGCAGAAAGGGAUUGAUACACGAUUGCCAUUUAUAAGGAAAACAUCGCGUUCAGAGGUGCUGGUCAGAGCCACGAGGGGGCAAUGUCUGACAGCAGUGGUGCUGCCAACAGCAGUAGCUGGACUGUCCUCACAGCUGAGGAGAUUGUUGCUGAGACACUGAGGCCUGUAGCGGAGGGAACAGAACACCAUGAAGAUACACCCAGUCAUACUGCUGCGGGGAAACCUACAGAGAGUAGGCCUGGGGAGGAUGCCGUGUCUGCUGAAGAGUCUCACUCUGUGAAGCUACAGCAGGAGACCCAGGAAACACAACCACAGAGAGACAAGGAUUACACCCCUGUUGUAGAGAGUCCCACCCAUGACCUUCCUUUUGACCCUGCCCCUGACUCCACCUCUGCUAGUGUUGCUCCUCUGAGCUCUCUGUUAGAAGUCCUCGCCCCCACAGGGCUUGACUCAGAUACACACAGCCAAUCCAGAAGCCUCCCUGGGAACCCAGCCCCUCCCAUCUCUGACCCUGAUUCGUUCUCUGACUCCUACACCCACAUUAGCUCCUCCCCCGACCUUGAAGAGCCCCCAGCCUUGCUGCUCAACACUGAGCCACCGGAAGAGGUGGGGCUUGUACAGGAAGCGGAGGGGUAUAUACAGGAUGUGCAUCAUCAUUAUGAGGAAGGCCUUGGGCAGGAAGAGGAGGAGUCUGAUCUGUCUGAGGUCAGGGCCAAGACAGACUCCCAUCUGGAAGCGGAGGUGGUGGGGGAGGAGGAGGAAGGGGUGUCAGGGGUGAGGAGGAGGAGGGGGUCUCUCCUGGCGGCUCUGGAGCGGAUCGGAAGGGAGGAGGAAGAGGAGGAGGAGGAUGAGUUCCGGAUUCCGCAGCAGAGGGAGCAAGAGGAGACUGGUUUCUCUCUCAACAAGUGCAUCCUAGGAGCUGUCAUACUGCUGGGCCUCGGAACCAUCUUCUUCUCAGGUGUCUUCAUGGACUUGGAUGAUGAGGGGGACUAUGAUGCCAGGGAGCUGAGAGAAACAGAGGUGGUGGGAAAACAGGAAUGGCUGAAUCCUGAGGUUCCUCUUCCACCACCUGUAGAAGUUGACAGUACAGACCAACUGAAUAAACUGGCUAAAGAAGACCCACGGAUAGCUGUACUGCAAGCCCAACUCCUGGCACAGAAAGAGGAGCUAAAAGUAGCACAGAAGGAGGCGGAGGAUGGAGGGAAGGAGAGAAAGAAGAGGGAGGAGGUGGAGAAGGAGCACGGUAGGAUGAAGAGAGAGAUGAUGUCGCUCCCUGUCCUUCAGAAGGAGAACGAGAGGAUGAAGAGAGAGCUGGAGUCUGUUCCUGUCUUACAGAAGGAUCUAGAGACACUCAGAGCCACAGUAACUGAACUAAAACACGGCACAGCCAAGGAUGCAGCUCCACCUCCAGUCUCUGCCUCUGUCCCGCCCCCCUCUGGCCAAGCUGGGGAUGACAGCCAGAACACAGCAGGAACGAUGGAGAGGGAGGGCAAGAAACCAGGGAAGGGAGUGAAAAAAGAGUUGAAGGAAGAGGAGACUGAUUGGAAGACGGAUUGGAAUAAGGGAGGGAAGACGGAUUGGAAUAAGGGAGGGAAGACGGAUUGGAAUAAGGGAGGGAAGACGGAUUGGAAUAAGGGAGGGAAGACGGAUUGGAAUAAGGGAGGGAAGACGGAUUGGAAGGUAGAAAAAGAGUGGAGAAGUGGAAAAUAUGACCAGGAGAAAGAAGAAAAAGAGGAGAAAGAGUGGAAGAAGAAAGAAGACAAGAAGGGAGAAUGGAAGAAAGAUAAAUCUAGCAGAGGGGAUGAGGGCAAACCAUGGAAGGACAGAAGAAACAAGGUGGAAUGGAAGGAGAAGAGUGAGAAAAAAGACUGGAAGGUGGAGAAAGAUUGGAAAAAGGAAAACCCUGAAAGAUGGAGUGAUAGCAAGGAGUGGAAGGGAGAGAAGAAUGGAAAAGAGGAGAAAAAUCUGAGAAAAGGAGGUUGGAACGAGGGCAGGGAUGAGUGGAAGGGAGAGAAGAAUGGAAAAGAGGAGAAACAUCGAAGAAAAGGAGGUUGGAAUGAGGGCAGGGAUGAGUGGAAGGGAGAGAAGAAUGGAAAAGAGGAGAAACAUCUAAGAAAAGGAGGUUGGAAUGAGGGCAGGGAUGAGUGGAAGGGAGAGAAGAAUGGAAAAGAGGAGAAACAUCUAAGAAAAGGAGGUUGGAAUGAGGGCAGGGAUGAGUGGAAGGGAGAGAAGAAUGGAAAAGAGGAGAAACAUCGAAGAAAAGGAGGUUGGAAUGAGGGCAGGGAUGAGUGGAAGGGAGAGAAGAAUGGAAAAGAGGAGAAACAUCUAAGAAAAGGAGGUUGGAAUGAGGGCAGGGAUGAGUGGAAGGGAGAGAAGGAGUGGAAGAAAGACAAGGAUGACUAUAAGGACCUUGGCAAAGGAUGGAAGGAGAGAGGAGAGAAAAGGGAGUGGAAGGGAGAGAAGGAUUGGACAAAGAAAGACGUCAGUAAAGAGUGGAAGAGUAAGGACAACAGGAGAGAAAAUGAGUGGUCUGAUGGAAAUAGAAAGAUGGAAGGAUUGAAGGAGGAGAGAAACGGUGGGAACUGGAAAAAGGACAGAGGGAAUGACAAGUACGAGAAGGACCACCACCACCACCACUACUCUAAGGAAGGGCAGAAAGAGAAAGAGAUGAGAAUGAGAGAAAAGGGCCCUCCCCAAACCCACCGAAGACCCCCCCUUGAGCAACCUGACUACUGGAGUUACCAGAGAGAACGACUGCAGCACAAACCCAACCCUCAAACCCACUGCAGUUCAGUGGAGGCCUGCGCCCAGGCAGAGGGGCUGCUCCCUGUCACCAUGCCGGAGUUUGAGGCCCUGCUCCUGGGUUACCUGGUCAAGGCAGAGAUGGUGGGGGUGGAGGCCUCCAAGAGGGAGGAGCUCAGUAAGCUAACCAAGGAGUUCUUCAGUGACGGAGUGUUCGUUCACGACCAGAUGAGCUUCAAGGACUUUGUGGAGGAUGUGGAUGACAUCUUAGAGGAUAUGGUGGAGGAUGAGGAGGUAGAGGAGGAGAUGGAUGACUUUGAGGAAGAGGCAAUGAACAGGUUUUCAGUUCCAGGGGGAGGAGAGAGGGAGAAGUGGAAGAAGGAUAGUGGGAGAGGUGUGAUGGAGUGAGAAAGGGAGUCAACGCAUGUCAGGAGGAGCGGAAAGAUAAAGAUGGAGGAAAAUAGAUGGAUGUGCUGCAAGGUAGAAUUUAGGAGGAGCAACACACACAUAUAUAUAUAUAUAUAUACUGCUCCAAAAAAUAAAGUGAACACUAAAAUAACACAUCCUAGAUCUGAAUUAAUGAAAUAUUCUUAUUAAAUACUUUUUUCUUUACAUAGUUGAUUGUGCUGACAACAAAAUUACACAAAUUAUCAAUGGAAAUCAAAUUUAUCAACCCAUGGAGGUCUGGAUUUGGAGUCACACUCAAAAUUAAAGUGUAAAACCUCACUACAGGCUGAUCCAACUUUGACGUAAUGUCCUUAAAACAAGUCAAAAUGAGGCUCAGUAGUGUGUGUGGCCUCCAUGUGCCUGUAUGACCUCCCUACAACGCCUGGGCAUGCUCCUGAUGAGAUGGCGGAUGGUCUUCUGAGGGAUCUCCUCCCAGACCUGGACUAAAGCAUCCGCCAACUCCUGGACAGUCUGUGGUGCAACGUGGCGUUGGUGGAUGGAGCGAGACAUGAUGUCCCAGAUGUGCUCAAUUGGAUUCAGGUCUGGGGAACGGGCGGGCCAGUCCAUAGCAUCAAUGCCUUCCUCUUGCAGGAACUGCUGACACACUCCAGCCACAUGAGGUCUAGCAUUGUCUUGCAUUAGGAGGAACCCAGGACCAACCGCACCAGCAUAUGGUCUCACAAUGUGUCUGAGGAUCUCAUCUCGGUGCCUAAUGGCAGUCAGGCUACCUUUGGCGAGCACAUGGAGGGCUGUGCGGCCCCCUAAAGAAAUGCCACCCCACACCAUGACUGACCCACCGCCAAACCGGUCAUGCUGGAGGAUGUUGCAGGCAGCAGAACGUUCUCCACGGCGUCUCCAGACUCUGUCACAUGUGCUCAGUGUGAACCUGCUUUCAUUUGUGAAGAGCACAGGGCGCCAGUGGCGAAUUUGCCAAUAUUGGUGUUCUCUGGCAAAUGCCAAAGCACAACCCCCACCUGUGGACAUCGGGCCCUCAUACCACCCUCAUGGAGUCUGUUUCUGACCGUUUGAGCAGACACGUGCACAUUUGUGGCCUGCUGGAGGUCAUUUUGCAGGGCUCUGGCAGUGCUCCUUCUGCUCCUCCUUGCACAAAGGCGGAGGUAGCGGUCCUGCUGCUGGGUUGUGGCCCUCCUACGGCCUCCUCCACGUCUCCUGAUGUACUGGCCUGUCUCCUGGUAGCGCCUCCAUGCUCUGGACACUACACUGACAGACACAGCAAACCUUCUUGCCACAGCUCGCAUUGAUGUGCCAUCCUGGAUGAGCUGCACUACCUGAGCCACUUGUGUGGGUUGUAGACUCCGUCUCAUGCUACCACUAGAGUGAAAGCACCGCCAGCAUUCAAAAGUGACCAAAACAUCAGCCAGGAAGCAUAGGAACUGAGAACUUGUCUGUGGUUAUCACCUGCAGAACCACUCCUUUAUUGGGGGUGUCUUGCUAAUUGCCUAUAAUUUCCACCUGUUGUCUAUUCCAUUUGCACAACAGCAUGUGAAAUUUAUUGUCAAUCAGUGUUGCUUCCUAAGUGGACAGAUUGAUUUCACAGAAGUGGGAUUGACUUGGAAUUACAUUGUGUUGUUUAAGUGUUCCCUUUAUUUUUUUGAGCAGUGUAUAUACUACCGUUCAAAAGUUUGGGGUCAUUUAGAAAUGUGUGUCUUUUUAAAAUAAGAUUGAUCAGAAAUACAAUGUAGACAUUGUUAGUGUUGUAAAUUACUAUUGUAGCUGGAAACUGCUGAUUUUUUUAUGGAAUAUCUACAUAGGCGUACAGAGGCCCGUUUUCAGCAACCAUCACUCCUGUGUUCCAAUGGCAUGUUGUGUUAGCUAAUACAAGUUUAUAAUUUUAAAAGGCUAAUUGAUCAUUAGAAAACAUUAGUGUCUAGUUUGAGAAACGGAUGCCUCGCAAGUCCUCAACUGGCAGC